AGCACAGAUACUGUCGCUAAACCCCAUGGAUCGACGAGAUGAUUGGGACAGAGGUUUAAAUAAAGGGAUUUCACACAGUAUUACGUCCCUAGUCGGGUGGUCGGGUAUAUUUACUAUUGAUUAGAGAAUGUAAACAUGUCAGCUAAAGCGUCUGCCGUGUGCCAUUUCAGCGUGGGGAUCCACAUGUAUCAGUAAUAGUGGUUAAUCCCAGAUACUAUAUAACAUUGAUUUCGGAUAGAGCUUUCGGUAAACAUGUGGCUUCCUGAGCAGGCGUCCACAGACGUCUUACUCUGACCACCGGUUUGCUCCGUCGCCCCGGAUACGGUCAGCAAGCUGUAAGCCCGACACCGCCGCCAUGCCCCGGUCACACGUGAGCAUCGCGCGGUUCUACGACUGGUCGGAGGACCUAGGGGACUGUGUGUCCGUUUCAAAGUUUUACAGGGACCUUGCUGCUACACAACGAAAUGGCGGUGACAAGUUACGUGGUAGGACGCCGUGGUGUUCAAACGGUGUCCGUGUGAGUCCAGGGAGGAUGUUUCUCCGAGACAAGGCAGGAUUGACAAAAGGAGAAAAGGAUAUCAUUGAAGGAAUCUACCGCAACAGGGGAGAUGUGCUGAAGGAUGAGGCCCAGCAAGUGGUUACAAAAGACGAGUGGCAACUCGUAAAGAGUCAUAAAGACGCCUGGUUAGUGGGUAAAUCCGUACCUAAAAAUGGGGUUCGUUCCGAUGGAGUCCGAAUGGAUUCUUCUGUUGAUCUAAAACUCCCAGAUAAUCUUUUCAGUCGAUCUGUGGAUGUGAGUAAUAAUUCCGAUAGUAUGAAUCAGUCCACUAUUGCCGAAACAAAUAGUGAACCUGUAAAGGAGGAUGACGUCCUUGUAGCUCCGCCCUCGACUCCCGAUAGGGAGCUUACGAACGGCAGCUUUUCGGAUAACACUUCAUCCGCUAAGAGUAGAAAUCGGACGGUAUAUCGGUGUGGAGAACGAUCUGUGAUGGCUGACUCCGACCAUGUAUUGGCAAAAAGCCAAACGUUCAAACUAGAGUCUCCCGAACCCCAGAAACGUAAAGUGUUUGUCAAUGUGUUUCUCCCUCAAAGUUCCCCAGAAUUACUGCAAGAUCGUACGCGUACAUCUAUGGAUAAAGAUCGGAGCUCUUUGACAAGAGGAAGUGUGCGACGAGACGGUACGAGAUUUUCGCGAUACACCGGAGACAAUUUUGUUCAGCCUACAACCUCCUUGUCAUUUUCUGAUUCCCGUAGGAACCAGCGUGGACUUCCAGGCACAAUAAGCUCUGUUGGUGACUGAAACCAGGUGGCAGAAUUAGGAUUAUUGUCCCGACGCCAUCUUUGAUCUGGUCGGUUACCGUCUGGUGAUACUGUCCAGUUAGUCUUUGUUGUGUUUCGUCGUUGAGCGAUUGAAACAAAAUGUUAUCGGUAAGCCAUUUACACAGCCGCCAUCUUUACAUGUAAUAUCGUCGUUAUCAUCGAAACGUGCGAUGAAAUAUGGAGUACAUGACAGAUUAGUUGUGAUUAUGACAUUGUAUCAUAUAGUUUGUUGAAUACGUUUAUCGUUUAUCUAAUGUCUGGUAGAUUCUUAUUUUUUUGUGUAUAAGUGAAUCUCGGUCGUAUGGAUAUGAUAUCUAGUGCUAUUGUUAGACAGUCGGCAGAUGUAAGAUGUCCCUCGUUAAAGGGACAUAAUGGUUAGAUUUCAAUAGUUUCUUCAUGCAUUUGAUUUCCGGAAAGCGUUGUGAUACUUGAAAUUAGAUUCUUUACAAAAUUAUGGCACUUUUUGUGAAAUAUUGGCAAUGUUUAUCAACUUCAAAAUAUCGCUGAACAACACUGGAAGUUGUAUCUGUCGCCAUUUGCUGUUUAUAUUGUUAUUAAAUUUAAACAAAUUGUUAUGGACACUUUUGAAAUAUAUAAUUAACAUAAAGUGCAUAACUUUUUACAUCAUUUUAAAUCGUAUACCCUUUUUUUUUUUACAUAUUAUUUAAGUGAAAAUCUAACCAUUAUGUCCCUUUAAGGUUAUGUGAUGUCUAAGGGACGGUUAUAGAGGGAUGUAAGAUGUCCCUCGUUAAGGUAAUGUGAUGUCUAAGGGACGGUUAUAGAGGGAUGUAAGAUGUCCCUCGUUAAGGUAAUGUGAUGUCUAAGGGACGGUUAUAGAGGGAUGUAAGAUGUCCCUUGUUAAGGUAAUGUGAUGUCUAAGGAAUGGUUAUAGAGGGAUGUAAGAUGUCCCUCGUUAAGGUAAUGUGAUGUAUAAGGGAUGGUUAUAGAGGUAUGUAAGAUGUCCCUUGUUAAGGUAAUGUGAUGUCUAAGGGACGGUUAUAGAGGGAUGUAAGAUGUCCCUCGUUAAGGUAAUGUGAUGUCUAAGGGAUGGUUAUAGAGGGAUGUAAGAUGUCCCUUGUUAAGGUAAUGUGAUGUCUAAGGGACGGUUAUAGAGGGAUGUAAGAUGUCCCUCGUUAAGGUAAUGUGAUGUCUAAGGGAUGGUUAUAGAGGGAUGUAAGAUGUCCCUCGUUAAGGUAAUGUGAUAUAUAAGGGACGGUUAUAGAGGGAUGUAAGAUGUCCCUCGUUAAGGUAAUGUAAUGUCUUGAGAGAUGAAUUAAGAGGGAUGGAUGGUGCUAUGUUGCUAUGUCUAAUCUGUAUCCUCAGUGCUGAUAUGUCUCUUUUAGUCUGUGAUUUACACUCCCGGUAUGUUACCGUUUGUCGCCAUUGACAUUAUACUUUAUCAUCAUGUUGUAAUUUGCCGUUUUCAAUAAGUUCGAGCCGUGACCCUAACUAUUUCAGUACAGAAUUCUGAGUGCAAUAGUAAUGCUAACACAGAGGUAACUUCUGGACAGUUCACGUACAAUUAUCUUUCGAGACUUUUCACACAUUUCUCCAACAGCAAGACCCUUCGUGGGUUUCCCACCGACCCAACACAUUAAUAUAAUCUAAUAUAUAGAGGAUAUGUAACAGUGCGAGGCAGGAGAGAAAAGUAUCAAAAUAUAUGCCACACGAGUGAAAUAUAUCAAAAUAUUAGCCACACGAGUGAAAUAUAUUUGGUAUUACUAAAGAUACUGUAGGAUAUUCUGUUUAUUAUAUUUU